AUGUCCUCAGGAGGCUCGACCGCCACUGCAGCUCCUCCUCCAGCCCUAAAGAGCCGAAGGUCAGCAAAGCAAGGUGACGGAUUGGCUCCCGCACCCCGGAAACGACGUAGACGAGCUGUAGGGAGCGGUGCUGCUGAUGAUUGUUUUACCUGUGCGGACCGCCAAGUCAGCUGUGACCGACGACGACCAUAUUGCACUCAGUGUUUGGAUCUGGGGAGGCGGUGUUCGGGAUACAAGACAACGUUGACAUGGGGUGUAGGUGUUGCGAGUCGUGGGAAGCUUAGGGGUUUGUCGUUGCCGAUAUCCGGCUCUCAGAAAGUUACCGUACCCGUGUCCCAAACUGCAACAAGGAAACAAACACCGAGAAGUGUUCCGCACGCGAAAGAUAGAAAUGACGUGACAGGCCUUGCACAGGCUCGAGAUGAGUUCAGCGGAUUCAUAUCCUCGUCCGUUCCAUUGACUCCAACAAGUUCGCUUUCAAGUCCAGCGAGCUGGGUAUCGACGGUCGCGGCGCCAGACGUCCCCAUCACAUCGCAUACGAGCCAAUCACCUGUUAAUAUAGCUUCUUUUCAACAGUCUUCAUAUACCCCUUCUGAGAACCAUACAGAAUAUACUCCCAGCCAAUCUGUGUAUUCCAACACUGGGCCGGGGACUACAUCUAUCGCAUCUUUUGACAAUGACCAGUUCCAUCCGACUGCCUGGACGCACCUGGCGACUUCGCAUCCGCAUGUGUCACCUCCAUCUCCGCCUGUGUCUGACCAGUCUGUGCCCUUGCAUGCAAAUAUUUCGAGAAAACGUGUAGUUUGCAACUACUCACGGCCAGCUGAAGAUGAAAUCAGCCCAACCUCCUCAUCCCCACCGGAAGCACACACGUCAACCCCCGGUGAUAACUAUGAAUCGGUGUCCUCGCAAAGCUAUCUUAUCCAUCAGCCAUUCUGGAACCAAAUGGUUGGUCAGACCCCACGAAUGCGGUAUCUCAUCGGCUAUUACAUGGAAGUGAUCGCUCCUGUGAUCGUGGCAUUCGAUACCCCAACAAGCCCGUUCCGGCUAUACAUGAUAGAAUUAGCUAAAACUAGCGACACCUUACAGCAUGCGAUUGCUACUCUGUCGCUCAGUAAUUUAAGGCAGAGAAGGAAAAACUGGGGACUGUCCACAGGCAAAACCUUGCCUUCUCGCAGGUCAUGCCAGGCACACUGUCGAUUGACAGACAGGUCGAUGACCGAAGGCUUUGGGCUUCUUAGCCCAGAUGAACAGAUGAAAGAGGAAACGCUCCAUAAGGCAAUUGUGAUCAAUUCAGUGAAUGCUCAGUUGGCUGACCCUAUCGCCAGACGUUCCGAUGCCUUGCUGGCGACGUUGCUGGUACUCAGCAUAUUUCACAUGUGCGACACCGGAUUUGCAUCUUUCAAAAGCCAAUUUGCGGGUGUGAGAAAGCUCUUUGCUCUUCGCAAAAAUAGCAGAAAUUCCAACUUCGAGGCAACAAAGUGGUUCAUGAGAAUGUUCACUUGGUUUGACACGAUGACCGCCGCCGUCAAUGAUCGGGACAGCCAGCUGAGUGCCGAGUUUCUUGACCUUGUAACCCAAACAGGCGAUGAAUGGGCGCUGGAAAACCUAGCGGGCUGCGAGUCGCGAUUAUUUCGGAUGGUUGCCCAGCUCAGUCGGCUGAACCAACUCAGUCAAAUGAAACCAGUUGAGCCGAACGAAUUUGUGGAGAAACCGGUUGCAACAGUUAUUCCUCCUCCCUCUAUGCUUCACUAUCCCACUUUCUCAUCCCCUAUUUAUUCGCGUGAAGGGUUUGUUCCUUUCCCCAGCGACAUGCCGUUCAAUGCGUAUCAAGUUUCUGAUCCACGUACUGAAUUCUGGCAAGAAUGGCGUGCAAUGCGGCAAAGGUUGGAGUCGUGGCGGAUGGAUCCCGCGUCUACAACGGCACCAAGCCCUACUACACCUGCGCACACACCUACUUCUUCUGCUCAUUUCCCAUCCUCUUCCGGCUUUACUUCCGCUACACCUCCUGCGACGUCAACUCUCGCCCAUGUACCCCAGGCAAAUCUCCCCGAUGUUUCCAGUAUAUCUGAAUCUUUCCGAUAUGCAGGUCUUUUGUAUCUCGAGCGUCUUGCGAAUCCAAAUAUCCCUUCUACUCACGCACGAAUUCAGAACUUAGUGUAUGGCGCUUUGCAUUAUAUCACCGCUGUUCAGUCGGACGUAUUUCUCCUCUGGCCUCUAUUCAUUACAGGGGCAGAAUGCGUUUUCGAAGCGGAUAGGCAGAUCAUUCGUCAGAGGUGUUGUGAUAUACAGAAGGAUUCAGGGUUUGUGAAUAAUCUCUCUUGUUUGCAACUCCUCGAGAAGAUCUGGGCGAGCGACUCUAAACAAGGUUCUUCCGAACCAUUCCCAGACGUCACUAACAGCCCCUCCGACUUGCGGACAGCUACAAAGGCGGAGCAUCCGGGGAGUUCUGCGGGUCCAAUGGGCCCACCGUGUGCGAUCCGAGAACUUGUUGGUGGAGAAGGCUUCAAGUGGAGACGGAUUAUUGAUUCGGAGAAAAUGACUCAGGAGUACAUUGUUGUUUGACGCGAGAUGGAGUACCUGUCUGUUCGAAUAUACCCUUUCUCGGUGUGUUUCGGGGUUUUUUACAUUUCCUUGUCUCAAAUCUUCCCCUUGUGUACAUACGUUCGAGUGUUUGCGGCAAUGCCCUAAUCUCGUAAUCAGCGUAUAGAUUAUCAGUUCAGUCUCU